CACUUGGCAACACAGUGCCUCAUUUUAGAGUAAGCAAAAAGCCAACAAAAAGCGCAUUUUUAUCCAAAAUAAAAAUCCAAAUAGAUAGUUGUGUUGAGUGAAGGGUGAACCUUAGCAACAACAACAUGUUCAUCACUACUCUGUGUGGAAGCUGUUAAAUGAGGUAGCUACCUAUUUCAACUUCUCCAUGGCUUCUUUUCUUUCCUUAUCUCUUCCCAAGCUCAACCUAAUAAAGGCCUCCUCAGCAACAAACACCUCUACAGUGACUUUUCCCACUGCUGAUUCACUCACUGAGAAAUUUGGCAGAAAAGGCAUAAAGUUCUUGGAGUCUGAUAACAUCCCCAUUGUGGAGCUCACAAUCAGAAAUGGAAGCUCCUUGAGGCUAAGCAUACCUGAUGCUCAUGUUACAUCAUACAGACCAAAAGUUCAUUGGAAAGACGAUGGUUUCGAAGAGGCUCUUUACACAAUUCCUGCAACUGAAUCGGGUCCAUACAAGGCCAAAGGUGGGGUUGGUUUGGUCAUGAAUGAAGUACUGCAACCUGGAGCCAAAGGGUUACUCCCUUCAACUUUAGAAUGGACUGUUACUGAUGUUGACUCUGAUGCCAUUGAUGCUCUUCAGGUUGAAUUGAGCUGCACCAGUAGAUUCUUUGAACUCACAUACAUUGUGACUCUGUAUCCUGUGAGCAUGGCCACUGCAGUGGUGGCGAAGAACUUAGGCCCCAAGCCUGCUACUCUAACCAACGCUAUACUAAGCCAUUUUCGAUCUAAGACAAGAGCUGGAACAGCAGUUCAAGGCCUCAGAAGCUGCUCAUAUAUCCCUCACUCUCCUCCAUCUUCUCCCUUUCAAAUCUUGACUCCAUCUGAAGCUACCUCAUUUGAGCCUCCUAGAUGGUUUUCCUUUGGUGCUGAACCUGAAGUCAAGUUUGGCACAUGGGGUAAGCAAGAUUUGACUAUGACCCUCCUUGAGAAUAAGAUGAGUAGAGUUUAUUCUGCACCUCCAGAGGAAAGAUUAAAGACAUUCUACAACACCCCUCCUUCCAAGUAUGAAACCAUUGACCAGGGACGUGAGAUUUUCUUCAGGGUGAUAAGAAUGGGUUUUGAGGAUAUUUAUUUAUCAAGCCCUGGUUCUUUGUCAGAGAAAUAUGGGAAGGGCUACUUCAUCUGCACUGGUCCUGCUUCAUUACUGGUGCCUGUGAUUGUGAAUCCUGGUGAAGAAUGGAGAGGGGCACAGGUCAUUGAACAUGAUAAUUUAACAUGAUAAAUGUGUUCCAAAAUCCACUGAGAAGUAUAAAACUGAAGUAUAACUCAGCUUCUCACUAAAGUCGAAAAACCAAACACAACAUCUGCACCUUUCAUUCCUCUCUCUUUCUUCACUCAUGCUUCACUCCAUUUUUCAUUUUUCUAUUGGUUUUUUCUUUCUGGAGCAGGAUUUGUGUUGUUCUUCCCUCAAAUUAUAUAUAAUUGUUAUUUCAUCUAUGUCCAAUUGUAAAAUACCAUAUCAAUAAAAGAAGUUGCAUAAUGCUUGCAGAUUUUUCAUUUCAA